AUGAGCCUACAAGCAGAUACGAACAGCACGUUUCAAGGACUCCCAUUUGUACAUUUCGUCGUAUCAAAGGGAUAUAUCCUUCUGCUUGAAUGGUAUCUGCCCCACGUAUCUAACAAGGAGUUCACGGUCGGAGUCCACGGUCGAGACUGCUUUGGUAAUACACCUUUAAUGUUUGCGGUCAUUUCUGGCCAAGAAGAGAUAGCAAAGCUCUUAAUCCAAUAUGGGGCUGAUAUUCAUGCACCGCAUAACCAGGGUGAGACACCUUUCUUGAAGGCUAUAAAGCAGCAGCAUUGCAACAUGGUUAGGAUUAUGGAAGUGGUGGAUAUUGUGAACAAGAAUACCAAUGAGGAACGUGAGAACACUUCUUGCAGACAAGAAUGGGCUCGACUUCAGUUGAUGACACCAGAUGAAACCGGUCGAACAGCUCUUCUCUGGGCUACUGAGGCCCUGUGUGAGAGUCCAAACAGUUAUCGCACUACAACACCGCUUCUCAUAAAGGGUGCCAACCAAUCGAAAUAA